CUUUCUUUUUUUUUACAUCUGGACUCUGACAGGAUAAUCACCAUUGGAACAGGAAUUAUUAAAACAAGCAAAUCAUCCUCAUUGGCUCAUUCACUCUUGAAUAAAAGGAAGGACAAAAGAAAGAAGGAAAGGGAAAAUACUUACAUAUUAUAGCAUUAACAAGCAUACACAUCAACGCAUGCCACGUCCAACUUUGCAAAUAGUUUCAGGUCGAUCACCUCGAUCUUACCUUGCAACAACCAGUUACGACACUCGAAAUCUACCCAACCCCUUUCAAGAUACCCCUCUCCUCUCUUCAACCACAUCACCAAUAACAACAAAUCUUAAAACAACAGCAACAACACCCAGUAUCACUGCAACAGCUGUAACAAUACCAAUAGCAUCCGACACAAUUGCUUCUACAACGCCCUUUCUUUCUUCUUCUUCUUCUUCAUUUCCUCCCUCUUUGUUAUCCAAAUCAAUAUCGGCAAACGUACCUGAGACAUCCCCUACUCUUUAUCUGGGAAAUAGCCAAAACGGUUUAUUUGACACUGCAUUAGCCUCUACUGGUGAACGGGAAUAUCUAACAGAUCAAAAGCAACAUACUUCAAGUCAGCAACGUAACAGUGAACACCAAGGUGAAGAUGAAGAUGAGGAUGAAGAUAAAGAAGGAAACGGCCAUGACAAAUUACGACGGGACCAGGAUCAACCCCAUGAACAGAUCCAGGAUGAAGAAAACCCGUUGGUUCAUCUAACAGCUGGUCAACGCGAAGCUGCUGUUGAGAAUCUUGAGAUUGAAACAAUGGAUAGGAUACAGAAGCUUCGAGCAUCAAUAGGAGUGCUAGCAAAUUCUCUUCGAUUCAGAAGUGAAGCCGAGAUCAAUCGACUUCCAGCGGCUGUACGUACAAUGACGGUCGAAGAAUAUUGGUUCAAAUACAAUGGUAAUGCAAAAGAAUAUCUCGCACAACAAUCUAUGAAGAAAGCCACCGCCGACACAUCCUUCUUACAAGCCCUAGGCAUGAUAAGUCAUAAAAGGAAACGAGAAGGAAGCUCCGAUGGACUUUGGAUUCAAAAGCAAAAGAUCGAGAGUGGAAAUGAGACUGGACAAAACUCAGCACUUCGCAGGCAAUAUUCAGGCGCAUUAUCAUCUUCAAUAAAUACAGGUCAACAGCGUCGGAAUACUUCAAAACCGUUUGUGGAUUCACGCUUAGAUAUCACCAGGAAAAAGGAAUAAAACAGAGAUCUAUCUGUCUUCAUGGGAGAUAAACCUUGGAAAAACCUUGGACAUCAGCACGACAACAAGGACAUUGCUUGAACCGCUGAUAAACCAUAAUAGACAAGAAACAGUCGAUAAUUAAUUGUCAAGCUCAAAAGAAAAGACAUAUUUUGGGUCAAAUCAAGCAACAAGGAUGACUUACUCUGGAUGCCAAGAUUUCACGACAUUCGUUGCACAGAGCUAGGCAUCGACAUGGCCUCAACAGCACUCCCCUGGGCUCCG